ACUUCCGCGACUCUUCUUGACACCUAGGGAAGUCCCUGGCUUGAUAUCUGACUUUGUUGGCGUUUGCGGCGCCUGUUGAGGAGUUUUAACACAGCAACAUCACAUCACCAGCUGUGAGAGAGGCUCGUCAUGUCGAUGCUCCGAUAUAAUAGCGUCUUUCUGCUGCUGCUGCUGAUGAUGUUUGGAAACUCUAACGGGACGUCUCCAUCAUUCAGCGUGGACUACAAAAACAACUGUUUCCGUAAGGAUGGGGGAAAAUUUCGUUACAUAUCUGGAAGCAUCCACUACAGCAGGAUCCCCAGGGCCUACUGGAAAGACCGGCUGCUAAAGAUGUACAUGGCAGGACUGAACGCCAUCCAGACCUACAUUCCCUGGAACUACCAUGAAGAGACUCCUGGCCAGUACAAUUUCAGCGGAGACAGAGAUGUGGAAUAUUUUCUGAAGUUGGCUCAGGACACCGGUUUGUUGGUGAUCCUCCGUCCAGGGCCGUACAUAUGUGGAGAGUGGGAUAUGGGGGGUCUGCCUGCAUGGCUUCUCAAAAACAAAAACAUUGUGCUGCGAUCGUCUGACCCUGAUUACAUUGCAGCUGUGGAUAAAUGGAUGGGGAAGCUGUUACCCAUGAUGAAGCCUUACCUCUAUCAGAACGGCGGUCCCAUCAUCACUGUACAGGUGGAGAAUGAAUAUGGCAGCUACUUUGCCUGUGACUACAACUAUAUGCGUCACCUAACCAAACUGUUCAGAACUCAACUGGGAGACGAGGUGGUGCUGUUCACCACAGAUGGUGCUGGGGUGAAGUACCUGAAGUGUGGCUCAAUACAAGACCUCUAUGCCACGGUAGACUUUGGUCCUGGUGCAAAUAUAACUGCUGCCUUUGCAGCACAGCGACAUGCUGAACCUUAUGGGCCUUUGGUGAACUCUGAGUUUUACACUGGAUGGCUGGACCACUGGGGAUCCCGUCACUCUGUCGUGUCGUCCGCUGUAGUGGCCAAGUCCCUCAGCCAGAUGCUGGCUGUGGAAGCAAACGUUAACCUGUACAUGUUCAUAGGCGGGUCAAACUUUGGCUACUGGAAUGGCGCAAACUCUCCAUAUGCUGCACAGCCCACAAGCUAUGACUAUGAUGCCCCUCUAUCAGAGGCAGGAGAUCUCACAGAGAAGUACUUUGCCAUCAGAGACGUUAUCAGAAUGUACAGGAAGGUACCAGAGGGACCGAUUCCACCAACAACGCCAAAGUAUGCAUACGGUUCUGUUAAAAUGAAAAAGCUCCAGACGGUAUUAAGUGCCGUAGAAAAGCUGUCAUUCUCAGGUCCAGUUAAAAGCACCUAUCCUCAGACGUUCACUGAUUUAAAUCAGAAUUUUGGCUUUGUUCUGUACAGAACGACUCUACCUGUUAAUUGCAGCCAACCCACCCCUCUGUCAUCACCUCUGAAUGGGGUCCAUGAUAGAGCGUAUGUGUCGGUGGACGGGGUGGCAGUAGGGGUUCUGGAAAGGAACAAGGUCUUGAGUGUGAAUGUGACGGGAAAAGCUGGAAGUCAGGUGGACGUCCUGGUGGAAAACAUGGGUCGAACCAAUUAUGGAAAAGACAUCAAUGACUUCAAGGGCCUGGUCUCCAAUCUCUAUCUGGGGAAAAAAAACCUCACCGGCUGGACCAUGUACAGUCUUAGCAUCGACGAGGCGGUCAGUCAGGGCCUCCUCGGAGAACAACCUCCCACACAGAGAGAUCCAGAUCAGCCUGCAACUCUUUCGCUUCCCGCUUUCUAUAAUGGAAGCUUCAUCAUUCCUGAUGGUAUUCCUGACCUCCCUCAAGACACUUAUGUCAAGCUGCCAGGCUGGAAGAAGGGGCAGAUCUGGAUUAAUGGUUUUAAUUUAGGGCGUUACUGGCCCGCUCGAGGCCCUCAGGUGACACUUUUUGUGCCUGCCAGCAUCCUGAGCACAGCAGCACCAAACAAUGUGACCAUCCUGGAGCUAGAAGCAGAUCCAUGCAGCUCCCAGGCAUGCACAAUUGAGUUUACAACCACACCGAUCCUCAAUGUAACAGAACCCAAACUGCGCAGGAGACUGUUUGCUGAAAAGGAUUUCCUGUGACAAAAAGGGAACUCUCUGUUGCACUAAAGGAAUCAGUUUGCACUGCAGGACUUAAGAUAUGAGCCUGGAAUCAAUGAUUGGUUUGUGAAAUGGAUGAGCAUUUGAAAUUUCUCUUGUUUUUUUUUGUUUUUUUUGCCUGAUCUAUGUUAUGUAAAUCUAAUUUUUUUUGUGAUACUAUUUUCUAACCAUGUUUGCACCACUUGAUUGUAGCAUGUAGCCAAAAACUCUUCUCAAAGGGAUCAUAAGCAAUGUUAGCUGUGGCAUUUCAUCAUUCAGGGAACAUUUAAUUUUUCAGAUGAAAACUACAUCAGGGAUAUAUCUGUUCAGAUGUGGAGUCCUAUGACUAAAACCAAUUGCUCUAUAGCCUUAAAUUAGUCAAAUGUCAUUUAUGAAGUAGUUACAAUAUUUGUACAAGAUGUGCCUAUUUCAUAAAAUCAAAAUAAAAACUUGAAACCCAUCUUUAUUUUAAUACAAAUUAGCUUUUAUGCAUAUUCACAUUAUAGGGUAGGCAGAUGUAUGGCAUCAAAUUUAAAGACAGGAUAGGUUAGUUCUGGUUUCUAUAUUACACUCAUUCUUUAUUUGGGAGUCUCACCAGUGUUAAAUAUGCCACAUUUUCUAAACUGCACCUCUCAUAUUUAUCAUUAUUUUACUUCUCUUCCCAUACUUCAACAAUUUGUGCUGCAUGGCACCAACUGAGGCUGUUGCAUGAUAAUCAUCUAAAGGGAGCAACUCUGGGUGUCAAUCCAAUGGCAGGGCACAUAUAGUAUGUAAGUAAGGAGGUUGAAGAUAUUGACCUAAAAUCCUCCUGACCCCAGCCUAGACAAUCUAACUCAACUAAAAGUCAUCAAUUCUAAAAUUCAAUCAAUAUUUUUAUUAAAAUCUGGUUUCAGAUUUUAUCCUUUAUCCUGCAGACAAAGUGGAAGAUCUUAGUGCAGAAAUUAGCUCACAAAACUUUUUAAAAAGCAUUUCACUGAUUUUCAAUAACAAUGCACCUGAUUUCACACUGCAUUUUGAGAAAGUACAUUAAAAUUCUGCCCUAUUUCUUGUGCCAAAAUAAAAUGUUUCUUGCAAAAGUCGUGUUCAUAAAAGGUUUUGAACACCUGGUAAUAGAUUUGAAAUUGCAUCUAUAUACAACCUUGAAUUCAAACAAAAGGGGUAUACUUUUUUUUUUACUGAAUACAGUAUUUGUUUAUUGACAUCUUACUUUUCUAUUUUGUUGGUUUCCCAGAUGUUCAAUACUUUUUUCACUGUAACAAAUGCAACAAUUUCAAUAAAGUUCUAAAAGGAAAAAAAAAAAAAAAACAAGAC